AUGAGCAUAGACAGCGCCAUCCUCAAUCUCCUCAAGCUAGAUCCUAGCAAUGUCACCGCCUCAGGCGGAGUGGGUGGCGGCACGUCUUCUGCCUCAACCUCCAGCAUGACUGUAAAAGGCUCAGAUGGUACGACAACGAAGUACUUCAUCAAGACUGGCAAAGGCAAAGCAGCCGAAGUCAUGUUCGCAGGGGAGCAUCAGUCCCUCACAGCGAUUCGCGACAUCGUGCCAACCCUCUGUCCGAGAUCCUACGGCCAUGGCAAGCUCGCAGAUACACCAAACAAAGCAUUUCUGGUCACAGACUUCCUAGAUCUCUCGGGUCGGGGCAGCUUAGUCUCGAGCAACACGAAUGUCACGACACUCGCCCAGAAACUGGCUAAACUGCACACCACACCAGCACCUAUACCGGAGGGCAACGAGAAACCACAAUUUGGCUUUCCGGUACCUACUUGUUGUGGCGAUACACAGCAGGAUAAUACCUUCUGCUCGUCAUGGGAGGAUUUCUACGCCAAUCACCGAAUACGCUUCAUUGUCGCGCGGUCCAGGAACUCGAACGGUACGGACAAGCAACUUGAGGACAUGGUUGAGGAUACUUGCACGAAAGUGGUACCACAACUCAUCGGCGACAAGCAUCUCAACAAUGGCAGAGGUGUCACCCCAGUUGUAGUUCAUGGCGAUCUCUGGUCGGGAAAUGCUUCGAUGGGAAGACUACCUGGUAUGACAGGCCCGGAGGACAUCAUCUACGAUUCUUCCGCAGUCUAUGCACAUUCUGAGUUCGAGCUGGGCAUCAUGAAGAUGUUUGGUGGCUUCGGCGGUGGCUUCUUGAAGGAAUAUCAUCGGCUUGUCCCAAAGACAGAACCAGUCGAUGAGUACGAUGAUAGAGUGGCAUUGUACGAGCUGUACCAUCAUCUCAACCACUAUGCCAUGUUUGGUGGCGGGUACAGAAGCGGUGCGAUGAGGAUUAUGAAAGAUCUUGAUGCCAAAUAUGGGGUUGGUGACAAGAGCGUAUUAUGA